AUGUUGCGUUCCCCCACCAUCACGCAAACCACAUUACCGGUGCCGACUGUUCCUGUUUCUGUUCACCCACCAGUUCCAGGAGAAAAUCAUCCUUACUACGGAAAUAUCCACAAUAAACAAGUAAAACUACCGGCGGGUGCCUUCAAUCAGCAAGCGUCCAGUUCUAGUUACAGGCGAGGUUCAAACGCUGACGAGACGAACAUUCAUGAAGCUGCCGCCGCUGGUAAUUUGCAUAGAGUAUGUCAGUUGCUCGAACGGCAAGACUCGGGGGCAGAUUCUCCUUUUAUGCUCGCAAACGAGGCCACUCCGUCCUCUGGCCUGACACCACUACACUACGCAGCCUCGCGAGGUCACUUGCAGGUGGUCAAAUGGUUAGUCGACAACGCAGGCGCCAUUGUUGAUUUAGAAGAUCAAACCGGAGAGACUGCUCUCCAUAAAGCGUCGUUGGCGGGAUUCCCGGCCGUAGUGGCAUUCCUUCUGCGACGAAACGCUCAUGUUGAGCGGCAAGACAGUGACGGGUGGACUGCCCUCCACAACGCUUGCGCACAAGGAUACAUUAAAAUAGUCCAAUAUCUUUUGGAGCACACAGAUGCGGAUGUUAAUGUUCAAAGCCACAAAGGACAUACACCCUUGAUGAACGCGUCAUCUAAAGGUCAUAUAGAAGUUGUCGAAUAUUUAUUAGGACGCGGAGCAGACCCGCUAUUAAAGAAUUCAAUUGGUGAAGCAGCAUACGAUGUUGCUGCAGUAAGCCAAGAAAUUUAUAUAUGCGAAUUACUUGAGAAGGCUGAACGAGAUUGUUGGAAAGCAAAGAAGGCUUUAUCCGAACAAUUAUCUUUUAGUGAUUUUACAUCACUGUCGACAAAUCAGCCGUACGAUGUCUACGCAUUUCAUAUCAACGUACCCAUUGUGAUUCACGAAAAUGAACGAGCAUCUUCGUCAUUUCAAAUGCUUCGCGGUGGGACUGCCAAAUAUUCUGCUAAUUAUUUACUAAAAAGCGAUGUGCGCGGACCAUGGUCACUUCCUAAUGGAAAACCAACCACAAAGCUUGCGAUCGAUCUUCCUUCAAAUUCCCGUUCUUCGUCUGCAUCUGUCAUUUCGAGUUCAAGUUCAUCUAAUGAGUGGUUCUGGUUGACUGAUUGGCAGAUUGAUAUGUCAUAUCCACGCGUAGAUGCAGACGGAUGGCAAUACGCACGGAGUUUUGAUGAUUCUGAUUCUUUAUGGUUACCCGCUCCACCGGCUGGUGCGAGUAAUUGGGUCCGCCGUCGCAGAUGGGUUCGCAUUACAAAGCGACAAUUUGAAGUCGACGGAAACGUGGCGAGCGAUCUCAUGCGUCAGUCGCUUAAUUACGUUGAGCGUGCUGAAGCUCUUUUGAAUAAGCAUGGAAAUAUCUCAUUGACGGAACAAAUAGCCCGACAUAAGGAUGCGAUUGAAAUCUUAAAAGAAGGAAUCAAAACCGAUGACAAUGGACGACGCAAAACUGAAGCCAAUUCAUUAAUUACUAACUUCUUAUCUCGUGUCGAGCUCCUACAUGCAAUGGAGCAGCAAUCUGCAAAUGAGUCCAACGCAACAAAUCUUUUUGGCCGGCCAGGAAUGAACAGAUCGACGAGCGGUACUAUUACACAUUUCACCAAGAUUAAAGCUCCGUCAACUACAAGUCUCAGUAGUUUUCAAACUAUUGAGGGUCCAUGGUCGGCGAAUGCUCAAAAUAUUCACAAUGAGGAUGCGGAUAGCUCAUCCAUCUAUGAGAAUGAUUCUGUGUCUAUUCUGUCUUCAAGGCCUUUAACUUGGGAGAAUGAUAAAGACGUACCCGCGUGUAGACAAUGUUCAAGAAAGUUUAGUUUUUUGAUUCGAAGGCAUCAUUGCAGACGAUGUGGUCAAGUUGUAUGCGACCAAUGCUCAGCGUCAAAAGUUAAACUACCUCCUCACCAAGUUCUACGUGAUCCAAGUGGUUCUGAAAAUACGACAAGAUCAACACAAUACCAUCGUGUUUGCGAUAAUUGUCUGGGUCGUUCAAGAUCGAACAGCUUCGCAUCAACGAGUAUUACGGCAGGAUUUUCACCACUUCAUCAUCGUCGACGGUUAAGCAAUGAAUAUGCGAGUGAGCAAACUGAGCAUUGGCAAUGA